AUGUACAUCUUUUACUUCUACUACGUCAUACUAUCUACACAACCCCAGUAUUGCUCUUUGAAGUCUCCUUCACAUCACUCCUUCACGCGUCUGUCGCCGCAGGCUCAGCCAAUCCCUGACGAGCUGCUGACUCGACAGCUGGGCAACCAGGCGACCUUCAGUCCCGUGGUCACCGUGGAGCCGCGCAGACGCAAGUUCCACCGGCCAAUCGGCUUGCGGAUCCCACUGCCUCCGUCUUGGAGGGAGAGCGUGCGUGACGCCGGGGAGGGGGACACUACCAGCCUGCGCCUCCUCUGCAGUGUCAUCGGCGGAACCGCGCCGGCCCAGUGGGAAGACAUCACAGGCACCACCAAGCUGAUGUACGCCAACAACUGCGCCAACUUCACCACAACGUGUCUCGGCAGGUUCUGGCUGGCAGACUGCCCGCGCACAGCAGAGGCGGUGACCUUUUCCAACCUGCUGUACCGGGAGCUGAUGGCCGUGCCCUACAUGGCCAAGUUUGUGGUGUUCGCCAAGAUGAACGAGGCGCGCGAGGGCCGCCUGCGAUGCUACUGCAUGACGGACGACAAGAUGGACAAGACCCUGGAGCUGCACGAGAACUUCAGCGAGGUGGCCCGCAGCCGCGACAUCGAGGUGAUGGAGGGCAUGCCACUGCACCUUGAGUGUUCCGGAAACCUGGUUCCUGUGAGGAAAGCCACUCAGCAGCCUCGCAGCUUCAGCUUCCAAGCCUUCCGAGAUAACCGCCUGCCCGUCUCUGUCAAGGUCCGUGACAGCAACAAGGAAGCUUCUGGAUUCCUGUCUUUUCUGCGCAAGUCCACCAAGUAUGAGGAUGUACAGCACGUGCUGUGUAACCUCAACAUAACCAUGCCACCAUGUGUCAAGGUGGUGGGUAGCGAGGAGCGGCGGCGAACCUUGACCCCGCUGGCUCUGAGGGAGCGAUACAGCGCGCUCAACGAGCCCGGUCUGGCUACAGUCAACGCCAUGGAGAGGACCGAACUCAAGAUCUCCCUCAUCUGUGAACAGCUAGGACUGAGCUGGGCAGAGCUGGCGCGGGAGCUGCAGUUUGGAGUGGACGACAUCAACAGGAUCCGAGUGGAGAACCCUAACUCCCUGCUGGACCAGAGCUCCGCCCUGCUCAACCUGUGGGCCAGCAGAGAGGGCAAGAAGGCCAAGAUGGAGAGCCUAUACGGGGCUCUGAAGAACAUCGACCGCUCGGACAUUGUCGGCUCCCUCGAGGGCCAGCCGCCGCAGCCAGGGGGCGGGGCCAGCGAGGAGGGCGCCUGUCGACUGUCCGUUCGAGACUCCACCCUGCUCUCGCCCAGUAUUAUCAAUGGUUACGGGCUGGUUCAGGAGGACCUGCUCUCCCCGGCCUCCAUGCACUACAGCCUGCCCUCCCCGCUGGGCGUGGAGCCCUACUGGCAGGAGGUGUCCAGCCUGGAGUGCGCCCCCAUCGCCACCACCGAGGAGGACACGUUGAUGGAGAUGUCCGACGUGCAGGUGUGGCCCCUGGGAGUCAGCCCCUCGCUGGUGACGGUGGAGGACUCGUCCCUGGACGGCAGCAGCCGGGCGGACGACUCCGAGGGAGCCACCCUGUCGCUGCCCUGCAGCCUGGGGCGCCCCAGCUCUGGGGCCAGCGGCGCCAGCGGCUCCAUCAUGGAGUUGGAGGAGGAGGAGGAGGAGGUGGAGGAGGAGGAGGAGACUCAACAGGAGCCGGGGCUGGCAGGUGACAGGGACAGGGAGAUGGUGAGGGCCAGCGGGGCGGUGCCCAAGGUCAACCUGAACGGCCAGCUGGGAGGUCAGAGGUCAGAGGGAAGAAGGGUGGAGGCCAUGGCGGCGGCGGCCGGCGUGAUUGGAGGAGGACGAGGAGGUGGAGGAGAAGGAGGAGGAGGAGGAGGAAGAGUAGGGCUGGGCUCAGAGGAAGGGCUUUCUGUUGUUGCAGGGCAGAAAGUGUACGCCCAGCUGUGUGAGAUGUCAGGACUGAGCCGUGCCAUGGAGCACAACGGAGACAACAGGGUGGUGGGUGGAGGGGCGUUCCAGCCGUACCUACCAGACAAGGACUCGCUGCACGGCUGGGUGGGGUCGCAGGCCAGGCCCCGGCAAGGCAUGGACAAGCUGCUGAUGUCAUCAGGACGCGACGGCGGCGUGCCGGGCUUGCGCGUGGCCCAGGAGGCCCUGCUGAUGCCGGUGUGUGACAUGGGUUACUCGGAGGUCCUCCUGGGCACGCAGCCCUUUGGCAAGGGCUUCUCUUACCAGGAGGCGGGGCUACGGGCCUGGCAGCAGGAGCAGAGGCGGGGCCAGAGAGAAGAUAAGCAGGACUAUGCCGCAGAGAUUCUAGGAGAGGAACAGUUUGUAGAUGAACAUGGAAACGUUGUCACUAGGAAGGUAGGGGUGGAUGUGAGGAGGGGCACUCAGUCAGUGAAGCGCACCAGUCUGCGGAGAGUAAAACACUGA